GAAGGUACCGGAAGUAAAAGGGUUGCUUUUGGGAGUGCUGGUCCCACCGGCGGGAGGGUGGUCGCCUUUCUUUUUUCUCCUGGGGAAGAAUAGGAGGCGCGAAGGCACCAUGGGCAGGGCAGUGACCAUGGCUACGUGCGCUUUGAAUCAGUGGGCGCUGGAUUUUGAUGGCAAUCUGGAAAGGAUUUUAAAAAGUAUUGAAAUUGCUAAAGAAAAAGGAGCAAGAUAUCGACUCGGCCCAGAACUUGAAAUUUGUGGUUAUGGCUGUUCAGAUCAUUAUUAUGAAUCUGACAUACUAUUACAUUCGUUUCAAGUUUUGGCUAAGCUUUUGGAAUCUCCUGGUACUGAGGACAUAAUAUGUGAUAUUGGGAUGCCUAUUAUGCACCGGAAUGUUCGUUACAACUGUAGAGUAAUUUUUCUAAACAAGAAAAUUCUUCUGAUAAGGCCGAAGAUAGCAUUGGCAAAUUCAGGAAACUAUCGAGAAAUGAGGUGGUUCACUCCUUGGAAUAGAUCACGACAUAUAGAAGAAUAUUUUCUUCCAAGAAUGAUACAAGAGAUUACAUCUCAGGACAGCGUUCCAUUUGGUGAUGCAGUACUAGCAACUUUGGAUACUUGCAUUGGGACUGAAAUCUGUGAAGAAUUAUGGAUACCAACCAGCCCUCACAUUGAAAUGGGAAUUGAUGGUGUGGAAAUCUUCACAAAUUCCUCUGCAAGUCACCAUGUCUUAAGAAAAGCACACACUCGAGUGGAGUUGGUAAAUUCUGCAACAGCAAAGAAUGGAGGAAUCUACGUCUUGGCAAACCAGAAAGGCUGUGAUGGUGAUCGCUUGUAUUAUGAUGGAUGUGCCAUGAUAUCUAUGAAUGGUGCUACAGUUGCUCAAGGACGUCAGUUUUCACUGGAUGACAUAGAAGUUCUUGUUGCCACUUUGGAUUUAGAAGAUGUCAGAAGUUAUAGAGCAGAAAUAUCGUCCCGAAAUUUAGCAGCAAGCAAAGUGACUCCUUAUCCUAGAAUAAAAGUAAACUUUGCAUUGUCAAGUUCUGAUGAUAUCUGCACACCCACAAGUGAACCUAUCCAGUGGAAGUAUCAUAGUCCUGAGGAAGAGAUCAGCCUAGGUCCAGCAUGUUGGCUUUGGGACUAUUUAAGGUGUAGUAAACAGGGAGGAUUUUUCUUGCCACUUAGUGGUGGUGUGGACAGUUCUUCUGCAGCCUGCAUUGUCUAUUCCAUGUGUCUUCAGAUUUGUUACGCAGUAAAAAAUGGAAAUCAGACAGUUUUGAAUGAUGUACGCAGAAUUGUAAAUGAUGAAAUGUAUAUACCAAAGGAAGCCCAGGAGCUGUGUGGCCGUCUUUUAACAACUUGCUACAUGGCUAGUGAGAAUUCUUCUCAGGAUACUCAAGACAGAGCCAAGACUUUGGCUGAAGAAAUAGGCAGCUAUCAUAUCAACGUAAAUAUAGAUGGUGCAGUAAAAGCCAUUUUGGCUAUUUUCAGUACUGUGAUGAGACGAUCACCUCAAUAUCAAGUACAUGGAGGAAGCACGAGAGAAAACCUGGCUCUACAGAAUCUGCAGGCCAGAAUAAGAAUGGUAAUUGGCUAUCUGUUUGCCCAGCUGUGUCUGUGGGCUCGUGGACUAUCUGGUGGAUUGUUAGUGCUUGGAACAGCUAAUGUGGAUGAAAGCCUUCGAGGAUAUUUCACAAAAUAUGACUGUUCCAGUGGUGAUAUCAACCCUAUUGGUGGAAUUAGCAAAACAGAUUUGAAAUGCUUUAUGCAAUAUUGCAUUGAGAAUUUUCAGCUAACAUCCCUUAAAAGUAUUAUAUCAGCACCCCCAACAGCAGAGUUGGAGCCACUGCAGAAUGGAAAUGUUACUCAAAUGGAUGAGGUAGACAUGGGUAUGACGUAUGCUGAACUCUCAGUCUAUGGUAAACUAAGGAAGAUAGCUAAGGCUGGACCUUAUACCAUGUUCUGUAAAGUGGUCACAAUGUGGAAAGCGAUAUGUUCUCCAAGAGAGGUGGCAUCAAAGGUUAAGCAUUUCUUUCAAAUGUAUUCAAUCAACCGACAUAAAAUGACUACCCUUACUCCAUCCUAUCAUGCUGCCAACUAUAGUCCCGAUGACAAUCGCUUUGAUCUGAGACCUUUCCUUUACAAUUCUGCUUGGUCCUGGCAGUUCAGGUGUAUAGAUGAACAGGUUUCUAAACUAGAAGCUAAGAAAGUGAUGGACUAGAAACUUCAGCUCAAAAAUUGAAUUUGAUCUCUCUGUCUUUCUGCUUGGAAUGGGUGAUUUUGUAAAGUUGAAUAAUAAUGAUCAAAGAAUGAAAAUUAUUUAAAUAUUAAUGGUGUUUGUCUUCUUUAAGCAAUCAAUACAAAUGACACAAUUGUUACAAUUUUAAAAUCAAAGAUGUUAAUCCAGAACUUUUUGAGUAAUCUUAAUGUAUUUGUUUCAAACUGUGAUUUUAGAAACUAUAUUCAUUAAAAUCUGAAGAUAAGCUGUUUUCUUGUCACAAAUUUUCUAAAAUAUAUAAUCCAGCAAAGUUGAACUUUGGUUAUAUAGCAUGUGUCACAUAGGGAUUCUUGUAUUCCUCAAGUUGUUUAAUAGUUAAGAGCAAAUCUUGGAAAUGGCAAAGAAAGGGAAAAAUCCAAUCUUGUCCACACAGGCAGAUAAACUCAAUACAUGAACAGCCUUGUAAGCUAGUUGGUUAGAUAAUAUUGUCAUUAGCCGUCCCACAACGUUCAUUAGUAUGUGUUCCUAGAUUAAUGAGCAUAAACCAAUGUUUUAAUAGAUAAAUACAAAUAAUUAUAGAGACAACACACUAGAGUUAAUCAACCAUGGUCAACUGCCGAAAAUCUAGUUGGUUACAUACUCAAAAGUAGGUCCCACUGAGAUAUUCUACUUGAAAAGCAUGCAUUGGAUUGACGGCUAAAUUAUGUACGUCAAUUCCAUUGCUCUGGUUCUAUGGUGGCAAUUUUAAGAACAUGAUUAUUUGGUGUGUUGAAAGUUUUAGAUGUUAGAAUAAAUUGGAAUCAUUAAUUUGAUCGACACCAGUCAUAGCAGUUCAACUUUUUGUGUGAAAAAAAUAUUUGUUCUAAUGAACGAUGAAUGCUCCAACACUGGAAGUUUUUAAGAAGAGACUGGAUAGCCAUUUGUCUGAAAUGGUAUAGGGUUUCCUGCCUGAGCAAGGGGUUGGACUAGAUGACCUCCAAGGUCCCUUCCAACUUUAUUAUUAUUAUUAUUACUAUUAUUAUUAUUAGCCCUGGUCAAUAUGAAAAUGGCUCCCUGCCACUUUAUUUUGCAGUAAAUUUAUUUUUUAGUGAAUAUAACUGGCUCUUCUAUUUUUCAUCUGUUAUUUACAUAAGGUUAACAAUUCUGAUUUGGACAGCAGAUUAGGGGCCUGGCUAAUCUCAGUAAGAAAGCACACCUUUAAAUGAAAACACAAUCCUGUUAACAUCAGAGUGAUCUAAUCAGGAAUUUCUGGGUUCUGCUUUUAGCACUGGCUGUUACGUGCUAUGUAAUAUCUAAUAAUUAAGUUUUCAGGAUUGGUGGAUAAUUUUUUAAAAUAUAAUUCUGGGAGGUUGCCAUCUGCUACUGCGUUAAGUUGAGGUAAGAUAUCAGUACCACAACAUUUGUAAUCUCUGAUUAAUUUUUAGUGAACCAUCAGAUGGCUUAGUUUGGUCCCCAGAGACUUCUCUAUCUACCAGGAGAGCAUCUAAUAAGCUAAUACACAUACUUGCUGAUCUGUCUUUUGGUGUUAACUCCCACUGCCUGACUUAGCCAUGAAAACCAACAACUUGGGGGUACUAUGGCCAUGCUUUAUGUUGCUGACACUAUUAUGUUGCAAAGCCAAUAACAUCAAAUUAUUAUUUAAAAUAUUUAUAUGAUUGGUCCUGCCACUCAUUCCUAAAACAGCUUAGAUCGUUAAAAAGAAUAGGUGUAAUUAUAAUAAUAUAUACUAUUGAAACAAACAUGUAAAAUACAAAUGAAACGUAUAAAAAUUUAAAAUUUCUUUUGUGUUUCAAAGUGCAGGUAUGGUAUUGCUGAUCUGAUGAGAUCAAAACUACAAACAAAAACCAUAACAACUUUUAAAACUAAACAGAUUAAAAACAACAAAAACCUGGUUCUAAUUAAUUGUUGAAAAACUGGGUUGUUUAUAAGAGAUGUUUGAUUUUUUUUAUUCAUAUAUUAUCAUAUAGAAAUUGUCUCAUGUUUUCUUUAUGUAUUGGUUAUAGACAUUCAUAAAUUUCUAUAUGUAUAACUAAAGCUGACCUAAAAUAUACUACUACAUAAGAUUUGGGGUGAAGGUGUUUCUCUUAUAAGCUUUGUUGAUUUGACUUCACUUGUAAAAUAAUGAUUUAAUUCUACAAUGGUGUGAUCCUAUGCUGGUAGAGGUGGCUUUUACUCAUGUGGUGAUCUCUGAUGGAAUACAUCUUCAUGCUAUUUAUCAAAGCUUUGACAUGUACUGAUUAUGAUUGAUCACAUCAUCUACAAUGUUUCUUUAGGUAACUGGCUAGGUUCAGUAAUCACAGCAUCCAUUUUGAGAAUGCUCAUGACAUUCUCUCAAAAUUCCAAGUCUGUCCAUUGACAAAAAACUAUGGGACCAUGACUGAAAUGUUGUGCAAUGCUUUGACUUUCCAGAACGUGAACAGUAUCACAAUUGUACAAAUUAAGAAAUAAACUAUUUGGAAAAAUUUAAAAAUA